AUGGGGAUCAAGAAGGGCUGUCCGUAUGCAUUUUUCAUCCUCAUUUUGCUCUCUCUUGCUAAUGCGAGGCGUGUUCCCACCGGUCCUAACCCAACAGAGUCUCCUGAACCGCCUUAUGUUGAUGAUGCAUACCAAGUACUGAGGCGUGUCCCAACAGGACCCAGCCCCACACAAUCUCCGGAAUCACCCCCUUCUAUGAAUGUAGACCAAAUUAAGAGGCUGGUUCCCACCGGACCAGACCCGAUAGAGUCUCCAGACACGCCUCCAUCCAAGGAGGCCUCUUAUCAUGUAAAGAGACGUGUGCCUACAGGACCGAGUCCCACACAAUCUCCGGAAUCACCUCCUUCUUUGGAUGCAUAUCAAAGCAAGAGGCUGGUUCCCACCGGACCAGACCCGAUAGAGUCUCCAGACACGCCUCCAUCCAAGGAGGCCUCUUAUCAUGUAAAGAGACGUGUGCCAACAGGACCCAACCCCACACAAUCUCCGGAAUCACCUCCUUCUUUGGAUGCAUAUCAAAGCAAGAGGCUGGUUCCCACCGGACCAGACCCGAUAGAGUCUCCAGACACGCCUCCAUCCAAGGAAGCCUCUUAUCAUGUAAAGAGACGUGUGCCAACAGGACCCAACCCCACACAAUCUCCGGAAUCACCUCCUUCUUUGGAUGCAUAUCAAAGCAAGAGGCUGGUUCCCACCGGACCAGACCCGAUAGAGUCUCCAGACACGCCUCCAUCCAAGGAAGCCUCUUAUCAUGUAAAGAGACGUGUGCCAACAGGACCCAACCCCACACAAUCUCCGGAAUCACCUCCUUCUUUGGAUGCAUAUCAAAGCAAGAGGCUGGUUCCCACCGGACCAGACCCGAUAGAGUCUCCAGACACGCCUCCAUCCAAGGAGGCCUCUUAUCAUGUAAAGAGACGUGUGCCAACAGGACCCAACCCCACACAAUCUCCGGAAUCACCUCCUUCUUUGGAUGCAUAUCAAAGCAAGAGGCUGGUUCCCACCGGACCAGACCCGAUAGAGUCUCCAGACACGCCUCCAUCCAAGGAAGCCUCUUAUCAUGUAAAGAGACGUGUGCCAACAGGACCCAACCCCACACAAUCUCCGGAAUCACCUCCUUCUUUGGAUGCAUAUCAAAGCAAGAGGCUGGUUCCCACCGGACCAGACCCGAUAGAGUCUCCAGACACGCCUCCAUCCAAGGAAGCCUCUUAUCAUGUAAAGAGACGUGUGCCAACAGGACCCAACCCCACACAAUCUCCGGAAUCACCUCCUUCUUUGGAUGCAUAUCAAAGCAAGAGGCUGGUUCCCACCGGACCAGACCCGAUAGAGUCACCAGACACUCCUCCAUCCAAGUAG